AUGCGUGGCUGGUCAGUGAGGGUUGUUCUCGGUUCCCUGUCGUUGCUGCUCACUCUGUGUGGGUCAGGGGUUCAGGCGGAGGGUGGAGGCCUCGGUGAGGUGGGUGAGCUCAGCGAGUUUCAGAAGACAACUCCAAGAGGUGCAGCUGAGGAAUCGACCGAGCAGACCGCAGAGCAAACCACCCCUGACAUCUGGGCGGAGGUGAGGACGCUGAGAGACAUGGUGGUGGAGCUCAAAGUGGAGUUGGGAAACUUGGAGGCCAGAGUGGAGGACAGCGAGAGUCAGGUGGAUGACCUGAAGGCUGAGCUGUUGGUCACCAAGCUGCACCUGCAGCUUCUGCAGAAAGAGAAUUCUGUCCAAGCUACCGAACUGAUAACUUUGGAAACCAGGCUGACUGCAACUGAGAGCAAAACAAGUGACCUAGAAAAAGAGAAUGCAGACUUGCAGACCAGACUGAAUAGCAGUGAGAGCGAACUUCUAGUCAGCAAGUCCAGGAUUGACCAGUUGGAGAGAGAAAUUGCAGAAAAACCAAAGGUGGCCUUUUACACAGCUCUGAGUUAUGCAGGAAAUGUUGGACCAUACAACACAGACAUCAUCCUGAAAUACAGCAAGGUCUUCACCAACAUCGGCAAUGCCUACAAUCCAGCAACAGGUUUCUUCACAGCACCAGUCAAAGGGGUCUACUAUCUCCAGUUCACUGCUUGCGGAUACCAAGCUGGUGCUAUAGGUGUACAAAUGUACAAGAAUAACCAGCAGAUUAUGUUUAAUUGGGAGAUAAAUGAAAAUAUAGGCCUUGAGCAUUUCUCUAACUCCGUUGUCUUGGAGCUGAUGGCAGGAGAUGAAAUUCACCUGGUUCUCCCAACAGGAUUUUCUCUCUAUGAUGAUGGAAGUAAUUACAGCACAUUGAGUGGCUCCCUUCUCUUAACACUGUGA